AAGUGGAGUCGAGCUGUCAGUGUGGCGGCUACGUAUCUGCUGCUGCGUGCUUUGCCUAAGCUUCCAUGCCGAACGAGGGCGUCGUAUAUAGCAGACAAAAAUGGCUGAACAGAACAAACGUAACGAACCAACGGUUUAUCACGGGUAUAAAUAAGGCCUGGACGUUCACCGGCAAUUAGUGGCACGCUAUCAUAUUUAUCGGCUGGGGUUUGACCACAUCACUGUGACUUCACUGAUCUCAUUGUCCCACUUUUGGAGGAAAAUUGUUAAUUACAACCACCUUUAAAACAAAGCAAUCAUGAGCACCCACGACUCAGAUGUACACACCAUCUCUCCGGAGCUGCCAGCAAUGUUUGAUGGCAUGAAGUUGGCAGCCGUGGCGACGGUGCUCUACGUCAUUGUACGUUGCCUAAACCUCAAGAGCCCCACUGCGCCCCCUGACCUCACCUACCAGGACACCCCCCUCAACCACUUCCUGUUGAAGUCCUGCUCUCAGCUGACCAAAGAGUACAUUCCUCCCUUGCUAUGGGGCAAGAGCGGUCACCUCCAAACAGCCUUGUAUGGAAAAUUGGGUCGAGUGAGCGCACCUCAUCCCAGUGGGAUCAGGAAGUACUUACCUAUGCAGGAUGGGGCAACCGCGACCUUUGACCUCUUUGAGCCAGUGGGGGACCAUCGAACAGGAGAUGACAUCACCAUGGUGAUAUGCCCUGGUAUCGGUAACCACAGUGAGAAGCAUUAUAUCCGAACCUUUGUGGAUUACGCCCAAAAGGACGGCUAUCGUUGUGCUGUCCUUAACCACCUCGGAGCUCUACCCAACAUUGAGCUUACCUCGCCACGCAUGUUUACUUAUGGGUGCACAUGGGAGUUUGCCGCCAUGGUCGGCUACAUCAAGCGGGCUUAUCCUCAGACCCAGCUCAUAGUGGUGGGUUUCAGUCUGGGGGGAAACAUUGUUUGUAAGUUCCUGGGCGAGAACAUGUCAAACCAAGAGAGAGUCCUUUGCUGUGUCAGCGUCUGUCAAGGUUACAGUGCUUUCAGUGCUCAGGAAACAUUCCUGCAGUGGGAUCAGUGCCGGCGCUUCUAUAACUUUCUCAUGGCUGAUAACAUGAAGAAAAUAAUCCUCUCGCACAGGCACAGUCUAUUUGGGGGAAACUCUGCGAAAAUAAUGGAUGCAGAUCUUAGUCGGCUAUACACGGCAACAUCCCUCAUGCAGAUUGACGACAACAUCAUGAGAAAAUUCCAUGGUCACAGCUCCCUCAAAGAGUAUUAUGAGAAGGAGAGUUGUGUCCAUUAUAUUCACAACGUUAAUGUACCGCUGCUGCUUGUAAACUCAGCAGAUGACCCUCUGGUUCAUGACUCUCUGCUCAAGAUCCCCCGCACACUAGCAGAGAAAAAGCCAAACGUGAUCUUUGCCUUGACGCUGCACGGCGGACACCUGGGCUUCUUCAAGGGUGCCGUGCUCUUCCCCAAGCCCCUCACCUGGAUGGACAAAGUUAUCGUGGGCUAUGCCAAUGCCAUAUGCCAGUGGGAGAAGCAGAAACCGCCAUGCCAAAGUGACCCCCUCAGUGAGAGUUCCUGCACGCAGGAAAAAGCCUGAAACCGUUUUUUGUCGCUCACUCUCUCGCUCCGUCACCCCAAAACACACAAGACACCCAGCACUGAGGAGACAUCUGGAAGUGCUCGCCACCUCUCCUCUGCCUUCUUCUUUGGUGCUGCUCACUGCUGCAGACCUUGUCUCCAUGCCUCCAGCACAGCCUUUGUCUCUUCUCUGUUAGGAAGGCCACAGAGUAGAGUUCAGACAGUUUCUUGACAAAUGAAGGCAAUAUGACAACAGGUGGAGAUGAUCUUCUCGCUUGACCACAAAAGUGAGCACAUAAACACAAAGUGAGUAAUAAACACAUUGUUCCCUUUACUGCUCAUUGAUCAUCACCACAAUAUUAGGUCUUGAGUGCAGUCUGAACCAAACCAUGUCGGUUCUUUCCAAAUAUGGUGGCCAUGUCUGAGUUAAAAGAAUGGGGACAGAGACAUGUUUGGUACGCCUGCUCCAAGUUCUCUGAUCUGCCGUAGAAUAUAGAAAUUGUACUGUACAAACUAAAUACAGUUGACCCAGUUCAUGUCGACAACCCGUCUAAGUCAACUCAUCACGUCCUGGUCCACAGAGUUCCUAUUCUAAAAAAGGGCUUUUGUCGACAUGACAUUCAAAACCCAUAAGUGGUAUUUUCUAUGAACGAUCGGUCCGUUUUUAGCAGGGCUCUCAAACUCAAUUUACUUUGGGGCCGCUGGAGGUAGAGUCUGGGUGAGGCUGGGCCGCACGAAGUUGUCACUCCAGAAUCACGUUUUAACCACCUGACUAAAUUUGUCAAGCUUGCUUAACGCAAGUUGCUCUUUUUAUUGUACCGUUAUUGUAGUUUGUGUCUACUGGGAUUCAAAAUUGCCAUAAUAUAUUUAACUAGUAGCCACCCAGAGUGCACGGGCUGCAAUUACAUUGAACUAUGAAGUAGAGGGCUACAAAAUAUAGACCUGCGGAAAGCCAAAGGACCCCUGGUUUAUGGUGUAAUAUUGUUAACUUUGUCAUUAGCGCUUGCGUGAUUUAUCCAAAACCAGGUUAGACACCGCAACCGGAAAGAAACUGCCACUUACACUCAAAGCUUUGGCAUUGGACCAAAGCGGCUUCCUUUUUUCGCGGUAGACUUCUUCUCUGUUCUUUCAUCCGCCUUUUUUUUUUUUUUCAAAAUGCACACUUUGGCACACAAAGUAAAAUAAUGUCAAAAACUAAAUUAUUUACCGCCCACCCUCUCUACGUCUCCGGUGAAAGUCACAAAUAAAUGUGCGAACAAUCAAUGGCCAGUUUCGGUUACGUCGACAACCGCUUAUGUCAAGCCAAUCCGAGGGAUGCCGUCUUCCGACGGGUGCUGCUGUCCUAGGGAUGUAACGAUAAACUGCAUUAAUGACAAUAAAGCUCUUGACAGUUAGCAUUGCUGUUAUAAAUUAAAAUGAUUGAAGAACCGUGGUUGAUAACUGCACUUUGAUAAACUCACGGACUGACUGGCGACAGCUCGCGAGCUUAAAUGCUAACAUAAAAACAAGAGACAUUAACGCCUUCUUAAAUGCUAACAUAAAAACAAGAGACAUUAACGCCUUUCCCCAUUAAAAAACGACAUACCCCAAUCUAAACUUACAUAAACACAUUGCUGUCUGAGCGACUACGGUAUUCAAUUGUGCAAAUUGAGCCUACAAUCUGUGCUUUUUUUAGAACAGAGUGAUCGAUAUAUGCUCGAGAGUAUUAUGACACAAAGGUGUGUUCAAGGACCGCUGAACAGAGUAGGACACCACAACGCCCGGCAGAAUAUGAGCAUAAGAAACUCAAAACAUGCAAAAUAGUGGGCUUUCAAACAGUGGAUCUAUUUAUUUUAGUUAUGUGGAAAAAAAAUCUAAAGAUUUCAGUAUGUGUAAAAGUACUUUUGGAACUAUUCCAACAAUGCUGGGAUAGUAAUAACCCUGAUAAUUUUGGUCACAAUAACCGUGAUAGGAAGUUUCCGUAUCGUUACAUCCCUACACUAUGUGUAGAUUCAGCAUGGCAUGACUGUACGGUUGAAGAAGAAAUCAAAGUUGUGAGGGCGCUUAUUCCAUCCAUGCACAUUCCCACAGUCACAUUCUAUCACUCUGUUGCAGCGCACUUUACACCCUCCUGACUGCCCCCCCCCACUCCCACCCAAUCAGCUGAUCUUCAUGUUUUUGCUUUCCCUGCAAGUGUGAGGACAACAUUGGAUGUAUGUUAAGGUACUUCUAAUGCUCCCCGUGUUGUCUCUUGUCGGUUUCAUGCCACCCUCUUUCUCUUCUGGUUGCCUGUGACCAGCUGCAGCAUCAGUUGCGACAUAAUCCUACUGCCAGUGCUCAGAGGCCAGCGCUCGGUCACCUCAAUAAUAAUAUUAUUGCCAUCAAAAUCCACAAAGUUUGCAUCAAAGAAGAUUCACCUAUAAUUCAAAAGUUGUUGAGUCCCCCUAUUUAUGUCUCUAAUGGGUGUGUCACAACAGGGUUGUUGGUGGUGUCUAGUAUAGGUUGUAAACAACUGAUCUGCGUAAAAAAAAGCAAAAUAAGUGGCCACUCUUCCCGUUUAAUGAGACAAUUAGGUGAUGGCACAAUUAAGGAGUGCAAGUUGUCUACAUUUGAAAGACCAAUAAAGUAACCCUUAUACAAACCAGGGCCGGCCCGUGGCAUAAACACUGUAAGCGGUUGCACGCCGGUUAUUUGUAAAGAUAUAAAAAAAAAAAAAAAUGGUGUCAUUUAAUUCUGUCAGUUAUAAAGAUGUCAUAAAAAUUCAUAUAAAAUCAAUUUUGCUGUAGCAGUAAAAUAAUACAUUUGUUUGAAUUAAAUGAGUAAUGUAUAACACAACCCCUACACCCACCUGUGAAAAUACGAAAUGGUUCAUUCCUUCUGGUAGACGCAAACCUAGCAUGAAACACAGACGUCAUAAUACCAUCAAAUCUCACACUUAUGCAUUCACACAAUGUACACAAAACAUUUGGGAACCAGAUUGAGGUGAUAAAAGAAAGGUAAGAAUAUAUUUGUGGCAGCAUCGGACUGAGUUAUGUUUAGGUUUCAUUGUUGCAUUUAAGUAGCACAUAACUGUGGUGCGUUCAAGGGACCUUGAUUAAAGUGUGUCAACAGUUUUUGAAAACAGGGUAGGCUUAACCCCCAGUAGAUGCACUAAUAAUUAUAAGAGGUGGGAGUCUUUGGCCACUUCAUGAUUCGAUUCCGAUUCCUCAGGGGACAAUUCGAUUUGGAAUCAAUUCCCAAUUCAACACGAUUUUCGUAAUAUAUUAUUUUGUAUAUAAAUUAUAAUUAAAAAAAAAUUGUUUCAAAAAGUUCCAAAGUAGUUGAAGAUAUGCAAAUACUAUAUACUUAUUAAAUACAAUUAAAAAACAAACAAACAAAAAAAAGGAACCGUAUUCAUUAUAAUAAUAAUAUCAGUAAUAGUUGUUUGAUGUUUUUGAUCCAGAAAAUUAUUCUUACAAAAAAAAUUGUACAUUGUAUGAAUUUAAAAAAAAAAAUCUGUUCUCGAAAAUUAUGAAUUGAAUUGAAUGGAAUAAAUAGAAAUUGUUAAUAAAUAAUUAUUAGCCUCUUAUGAUAAUCCUACAUUUAAGUUUUUUCCGUGCAAAAUCUUGGGGACAUUACGUGCAGCAUGCAAAAACCCUAUUACAUUUUUUUACAUGUGUUUUAAACCAAAUUAAGUCGAUAAUUCAUUAUUCAGAUUAUAUGCACAUACUGACUUUAUGUGAGGCUUAGGGUGUCUUUAGUAGGUUUAUAUUAAUACUAAUAAUACAUGUGUAAAAUUAAAGACCAAAAUGGGACCAUACAUAGCCCUGAUACAAGCACAUGGCACAACCUAGGAGGGCAGUUUUUUCACGCCCAGAGUCAGUCGUAUAUGUGCACCUCUAAAAGAAGGGAAUUUCCUUUUGUGGACAAAACUGUCCCACCUCUGAAUAGGGAAGACUGCUGGUUUAAAAGAGGUGAGAUCUCUGUCGAACUAGAAAGGUCCACGUCUUGACUUCUCGCCCCCCCCCAAAGAUUGUCUCCUUCCACAAGAAGAGUGGCCACUAAUGAGUUAUUUUGCCACUAUGGAAAAACAACAACCCUAUUGUGACACACCCAUCAGGGACAUAAGUAAGGAGACUCCACAC